GAAACUUCCAUAACAAAAAUGGCACAUGAGAACUAACUGACAUUUAUCAUCAGUGUUCGUACCGAAAACGAAACCUAACCACACGGUGUGGCUGACACUGAUCCCCGUGAAGAUGUAGUAACACGAACCGUUAGCCCCCUCGGCGUCACUCGGCAUGGCACUGCAAAUAUCAGCUCUAUUUUCAUAUAUCAGAGCCCCGCUGUGCACUGGCCCUCUGUCCCGUGUCCGCGCUGACUUCCAGGGAGCCGGUGUCAAGUUCAAACACAUUUUAACUCCUGGAAGCCUGCGGCUGGGAGGAAAGCCAGAAAAAAGUCCUGUCCGCGGCCAUAUUAACGCUGCCCUCCGAGCUGAGAAGUUUUCAACAACGACAGCAGCACUUUUGAAGUCCAACCAGGGGAACGCCUCCUCCUCACCCCGGGGGAUGAGAGGUUGGCUAGGCAAGGUAGCCCUCGGUGCCGCCCUCGGAGUGAGCACAGUCGCUUUGGUCCAUUCUCUCCACACCGGAACAGUUACUGCCAUGGACCGCAAAGUUAAACUGAACUCCGCUGAGGGAGACUGGAAGGAGACCAAAGACUUCUUGCUGUCUCUGUCUGAGACAGACAGGCGUGAGUACUACAGGACGUCUAACUUCGUGCCACUGGCCGACAUCUCAGUCUGGACUCCCACCGCAGGCGGUUCUGAACAAACUCUCUACCAGAAGAAUGAAAAGUUGGACAAGAAGAUUUCCCUCUACAGCGGUGACAUCACCAAGUUGGAGAUAGACGCUAUUGUCAAUGCAGCCAACAAGACUCUGCUCGGCGGAGGUGGAGUGGAUGGAGCGAUCCACCGUGCUGCAGGUCCAAUGCUAAAAAAGGAGUGUGCUUCCCUCCAGGGCUGUGAGACCGGAGAGGCCAAGAUUACUUGUGGCUACGGCCUCCCAGCAAAGUAUGUGAUCCACACUGUGGGGCCGAUUGCACAAGGAGGAGUGGGAGAGGAGGAGAAGAAUGCCUUGAGGUCGUGCUACAAGAACAGCCUGCAAAUAGCCACCGAAAACGCUGCACGCUCUGUGGCUUUCCCCUGCAUCUCCACUGGAAUCUACGGAUAUCCACCUGAGCAGGCUGUGCACGAGGCGUUGGCGACUGUGAGGGAGUAUCUGGAUGAGCAUCAUGACAAGCUGGACAGAGUCAUCUUCUGUGUGUUCUUGCCAACGGAUAAGGAGCUGUAUCUGCAGACCCUCCCACUGUACUUCCCUGCCACUGACCAAUGACAGCAGCUUAUUGUUCAGAGGCCACAAUCAAGAGUAAACUCUGAGAGUCGAUUUGUCAGAUUUGGUUGCUGUGGAUACACACCGCUACGCUCAGCAUCCAGAUUCCUCGUCACAGAUCAAAACCUUCUUCAGCAGGAAGAUAAUUCCUAAAUAGGUGAUUGCUUUUUUGAAGUGCACACUGGCUCUUCUGCAGAUGUUAUUUAGUUCCUUUUUUCCAUGAAUGGUUGAGAGAGGUGAUGAAGGUGUGAAAUUAUACUGAUAAGUCUCAUGAAAAAUCGACCUUAAGCUGCACUCUAACUUGACCUUUGUUUUCUGUGUUCAGUGGUGCAUCAAGCUAAGAGUUAUGUGUCCUGUGCUAUUAGAAUAUUGGUAUUCCAGUAUGUGUGUGCGCAUAUGUGUGAGACAAUGACAAAAGCUUAUUAAAACAAAUCACACAGGC